CUCAUAAAUCACUGACAAGAUGUAUCUUCGCAACCUUGGCAUUGAUCAGUCACCUGGAACUAUACUGAAGCCGUUUGUACCCCGAGGACCUAUCAGGGAAGUUGAAUUUUCCCCUUCAGAGCUUAGAACGCUGAAGGACUCCACUGACACGCUGACAAGGGCUGCUCUGCAGCCACAAGGUGAAUUGCUGUCAGCAGUUGAAAUUACGCAAACAAGUUUUAACUCCAGCACUUCCACUCUCAGUAUGGCUAUACCAAUGAAUUCAGAAGUUGGCUCUGAUAUUCUGUCACCCUGUGAACUCUCUCCCCGCUUCUCAAGAUCUUUUGGAGACAAACCAGUGAGUCAGUGCAGUAUGUCAUGCCACCAACUGGAGAUAACUGCUCUGCUUUCUACACGACAGGAGGCAGAGUGUUCAGCUGUCUCCAAACUAACUGAACCAAACUGGCAGCUGCAGACUGUUUCACCUGACUGCCCUUCUGACAGAGAGAGUCCCAUGCCUGUUGCAAAAAGUGUUCAGGACCUGCUAGCUAAAAAUGAGUCAAAAGAUGUGAAUAGCAGCCUGCAGAGAUGGACUGACAGUUCUUUGGCUGGAGUUGAAAAUGAAAUGGAAGGUGAUAGAGGAUCACAAACUUCAAGUGUAGGUAGUAAGAGAAGUAAGGGUCAAGAAAGCGAUUCUUCGAUUAGAUCUGAUGCAUUGCAAGAAAUACAUAAGCUUUUGGCAGAGGUAGAGGGUAUAGCUGACAGGUGGUGUGAUCCUGUCUCUUCCACUGCCUCUUCUAGGGAAACUGGCGAGUCUUCCCCAGUUCUGAUUAGAAAGGAGGAUGGCCCUGAAGAUUGCAGGCUAGUGAAAGACAACAUCCCUCAGUGUCAGAGGAUACUGUCGUGGGAUGAGACUAUGACCCAAAGAAGUAUGCAGGAAAAAGGGUCAGUAAUAAAGCCUCUGAAUUCUAACACAGGCAAUUUAAGAUGGGAAAAUUCUUUUGAAGUCAAUUUGUGCAAUAUUGAAGAGAUGAUGAAGGAAAUGACCAAAGAGUUGAGGACAGGAAAAUCUGUAGGAAGGUCUGAGCCAGAAGGCUGUAGUAGUGUAACUACAGACAGAAAUCAACCUGGUUUUGUGGGUCUUACUCACAGCAGUGGAAGUAGCGAAGUCAGCUCUGGAAGAACUUCAGAGUUGGGGAAUCCUUCUUCCUCAGAGCCUCUGCGCAGUGUUGUCGAUGUUGCAGGAGGCUUCCAGAGCAUGUUGUCUAAAGCUUGUGUAGCUGGAAGCAAAGCAGGAGGCAUGCGAGAGAGCAAUGACAGUAGCAGUGGAGAUUCACUAGCUGCCUGUGUCAAAAACCUUCUGAGAAACGGAUCACCUGUGAUACAUACAACACAAAUUCUGAAGAGUGCAGAUGAAGAGGAGAAGAAAGCACGAGCAUGGGUGAAGCUAAAACUGGCCAGCCAAUCUCAGGAUUCUGUGUCAGACUCAGAAAAGAACCAACGAAGAAUCGAGGAAAUAAAGGCAGAGCUGCUUCUGAGUGCCAAGAAAUCUGCAGUAGUCAAGGAUCCACGGGUAUGUGUUUUGGAGGCUGCUUCUGAGUAUAGCCAUAAUCAGGAACAGGACAUAGUGCGUUUAAAAGCUCCAAGUGACAAAAGAUUUCAAACUGACAAACAAACACAAGCCAUCAGGACUAAGGACCUUUUAGAGUCGAGCUUACGACAAGCUGUGCCGUUAUAUAGAGCUGAUCCUUCCGAUUGUUGCCUGCUGAAGGAUAUGCAGUUUAAAUCUUUGAGUACUGUUCAAACACCUACCUGCAACCAACAUCAAACAGUUGCAACUAGUCGUUCUGAUGCUGCUGUUGAAGUUCAUCCACCAUUGCAGAAGGAAUGGGACAAGUGUGCAGUGAGGUCUGCAGCUGCUUCCAAUAUGCAAAGAGAAGUCCAUUUACCAGCUCAGAAGAAGCUGUCUGUGGAAAAGUGUUCUGAAGAAAUGGCUAAGCAAAUUACUUCUAUCACCUUUUCAUCCCGAAAACGUUUGCAGUCACCAUUGACUUCCAUGGCACUCAGCAGUAGUCUUACUAGAGAUGGUCUUGAUGGGAUAAUGCCUUUGGAGGUUGACUCUGCUAGCACUGAGGAACAGAGCCAUGGCAAACACCACUGGGAAGGAUCUAAGACUUGUCCUCCUUCAAGUCCAAUGCUUGCUGGCUCAGUGUCUAAUGAGAUUGCUUUUACUGCUGAGAAAGACAGGUUUCAUCAUGUCUCUGCUGACAGUAACAAAGUUGGAGCUUAUCAAGAAACAGACUGUUUGUCAGAUCAGGAUUCUGUAAGCAUCCAUGCUGAUAAAAGACAGACCCUUAGCACAAAAAAUUCUGAUGUUCUGCCUGAACAUGUGACUGAAUUGGGCAGGCAUAGUGCCAGACUCGUGGAGCUUGAUUGUGAUACAAGAUUCAGUCAAGAAAUGAAUAGGUUUAAUGAACCGCAUUCUAUAAGUGCUUACCAGCAGGAGAAAAACAGCCCACCUGGACACAUCCAGUUGCGUGAGAGCUUAGAAGGUUCAGAUCCAGCCAUACAAGCUGAUUUGCUGAAGGGCCAUAUUAAGUUAUUAGAAGAAGAGAAGAAAAGUUCUUCUGAUGAAGUACCUCUCAUUCAGAAAGGGGUUGCGAGAGAGCAAAUCGGUACGUCUCGCCAUUCAUCUAUGGAUGAGAUUUUAUCCACCACUUCUGUAUCUCCUUCAUCACCAGUUAAGAAAGUACUGUCUUGCGUCCACGUAACUCUUUCCUCAAAGUGUAAUAACUCAGAGCUGCAUAGUGAUGUGAAUACUGAAAAAGAGAUGAGAUCGUGGGAUAAACCUGAAGUUAAUACUCAACCAGUGUCUUUAAAAACUCCAGAAACUUUAAUAGAAGCUGUUUCUAAAUUAUCAGCUGCUGACCCUAUUCCAGAAGAUCAAAGAUCUUCAUCUUUCCCAAUGCCAGUGUCUUCAGCAGAUCCCUGCCUAGUGGUUUCCUCUGUUACAAGCGCAGCAGGGCAAGAGCUGCCUCUGCAAAGCAGUGAGAGACCACAAGUCACUGUUCUGGGUUCAGGGGGAUAUAGUCUGAAGAAUAUCUUCAACUCUGUAGUUCCUGCAAAAACUGGGAAAAGUACUUCUGAUGCUACCACUCAGAUAACAACAGAAAGUCCUGAAAAAACAACCUUUUCAGCAGAAAUUUAUGUUAAUUCACGAGACAGUGAAAAUGCUGUCUACCAGUCGUCUCUCCAGAAAGCACAUGAACUUCCUAACAAUACAACUUCAUCUCUUAACAUUUCCUCUUUCCCAAGGCAGGGUGAUCAGCCCUUAUUGCUGCCAUAUAAACCUUCUGGAAGUACUGGGAUGUAUUAUGUUCCUUAUCUAAAGGCAGGAUCUAAAAUUUCUCCAGUUGGGUCAGAAACCAGUGUUGAGAGCUCUCACUCAGGGUCAAAUGAUGCUCUUCCUCCAAGGUUUCCGGCAAACGUGCUCGGUUUAAGGGAUGAUAAUCCUCCAGACAGUACGGCUAUCAAGCAUAAAGAAGGAAACUACAGUAAGAGGACCAAGCCCAAGCUAGCCUGGGCUGAGGAGCAAAUGAUACCACUGGAAGCUUCCCCAGAACACACAGAUCAUUCAAAGUCCAUAAAAACCACUCAUUCAGUCUUCAAAUCUGCACCGCUCUACCUUCAUCAUCCAAUGCCUGUGUGUGAGAGCUACUUCCUGUCUAACAGCGAGCUGUCAGAAGACGGUUCUGGUAUUGGACAUGCUGGACCUUCCUCAAGUGUUGUCUUGCAGAAUCGGAAAAAAGCACAUCGUCAUCAAUGUAUUUUCUCUGUUCGUCAUAAAAAAGAUGGUGAAAAUGAAUUCUUUCCACUCACUGCAGAAGAAGAUUACAGCAAGAAUGAGGAUCUAAAUGUUAGCACGUCUCUGGGGAAUGAAACAUCAGGGAAAGAGCUACUUCAACGUGGCAGAAGAGAAGCAGAACAAAAGGCAGCUAGAAAUUAUCCUUUGCCACGUAGCCAAACAACUUGCCUAAAUGAGAAUGUGGAGAAAGACCUACCACCGAGACAGAGAACCCAGUCCAGUAGUAGCUUAGAUGAACUCUGGAUUAAGUUUUUGGAGUGCCAGAAGAGACACCAGCACCAUGAUUUUAGGAGUAACGGUGAGCUGUCACUUGUUGAACGCCUCGAUCGAUUGGCCAGGGUCCUUCAGAAUCCCAUUAGGCAUACACUAAUACCAACAAAAUCUGAAAAGAAAAUAAAGGGAAGAGAACAGAAGAGAAUAAGACUGCCAGAGAAGAGCAGGUCUGAAAGUACUUUCAAGCCUAAUGCAACCCAUGUUGAAGAAAGACCACGUAUCACCCGUGAUAAAAAUAACCUUGUUGAGCUUGGGAAAAAUAGGUCAGGAGAAAAAAUUAUCUGCCACAUGAAUAAAAUUUCGGAGCACCAGCAGUACCUGGAAACUCCUAGUGACACUUCUUCAGAGGCAAGGCUCAGUACAGAUCAUGGCACCACGAUCAGUUCUACCACCUCAGAAUCAGAUGUGGUGACCCAAACAGAGAUGGAAACUGCUACUCAGACUGAGGUGAGCAGUUCCAUUUCCACCAUUGAUACUGCCAGGCUGAUCAGGGCUUUUGGGCAUGAAAGAGUGCGGGUGUCACCAAGACUCUCCCAGCUUUAUUGUACCAUCAACCACCAGAAAAGUCGCUCUGAAAAGUGGGACAAGGGAAGUGGCAAAGCAGUGGGUGUAGAAUAUCCAAAGGUUACUUCUGAGAGACACAGGAAAAGGAAAGAGAUCCAGAAUGCAGUCUCAUCGGGAUCAACUUCUGUAAGCAGCAGUUCUUGGGGGCCAAGCUCUGCUCUUAGUAACAAGCGACGGACACGGAUGCUAAACAAAGGUAUCCAAGCAGGAGACUUGGAGAUUGUGAACAGUGGAACUAAGAAAAAUACUCGAGAUGUUGGUGUGACUUUUCCUACCCCAAGAUCUAGCCAGCCAAAUCAAUGGCCACAGGAACCCUGGCAUUGUGUUGAUGGUAAUUUUGGAGAGUCAGAUGGUAUGGUCACAGAUCAUCAGGCAGCAGGAAGCAAGAGUAAGCAGAAGGGACAGCCAGGCAAUUUUUUCAUGGAGAAAAGGACGAAAAGGAGCAGGCUGCAUGUACCACAAGGGAUUUCAUGGUUUGUCCAAGCAGAAGACUUGAAAUCUGAAUCUAGGAAAGAAAACCAUUCCAAUUCCUUUUCUGGUCCCGGUCCAUCUUGGUUUGAACCAUUGACCAGCACAAAGCCUUGGAGAGAGCCUCUCCGAGAGAAGAACUGGCAAGAGCAUCAGCACAGCAACAUGAUUCAGCCAGCAGUUCCAGAAAGAGAUGCUGCGAACAGGUCCUUGCGGCCGUUUGUGAAGCUUACGCUGCAGGAGGCUCUUGCAGUGCAUCGCCCUGAUUUCAUCUCCCGCUCUGGAGAGCGUGUGAAGCAUCUGAAGCUUGUAAUGGAGGAAAGGAGGAUACAGAGUGUACUGCAGUCUGAACGAGAAGAGCUGUUUAAUCCUCCAGAGAAAAGAAAGGGCUACAGGAAUGCAAGUCACAUGCUGUCCGACAGAGGUUUUCUGAUUAGAGAAAAGAGAAGAACAAUUCCAAAGAGUGAAAUGGUUCAAAGAUCUAAACGGAUCUAUGAGCAGCUGCCAGAGGUGCAGAAGAAGCGAGAGGAAGAGAAGAGAAAAAUGGAAUACAACUCAUACCGCCUGAAAGCACAGCUUUACAAAGCGAAAAUCACCAACCGUGUCUUAGGGAGGAAGGUGCCUUGGAACUGAUAAAGAUCCCCUGUUCAAAUGAAGGUGUACCGUACUUAGUAAACUUGCAGCAUAAACGAGAUUGUGAUGCAAAAAAGAUAAUGCAGUAAAUACUUGUGCAGUGUAUGUUUUGGGGUAUUCAGUUUUGUUACUUUUGUACUAACAUAAUCUUGCCAUAUUUGAGAAUCAAUCACUUGAUAUUUAAAUAAAUGGCUGGUUUUUGUAGUGGUAUUAAUGCACUUCCAAAGUAAACAUAGUUUGGAAGUACUUGGUUCAUAAUACAUAUGUAAUUACCUGAUUGGAAUAGCAGUUUUAUAUAUUUAUUUUAAAUUGUUUCUAACAAUGAUUUUUUUAUUUCCUAUCUCGAUGUAGAAAACUUACUUGUAAUGUUUUGUACUGCAAAAAACCCUUAAAUAAAUAACAUCAGAUCGGUUUGUAGUAA